GAGAUCAGGACCUGAGACAAAAUCAGGAGUCAGAGGCUCAGCCGGCGGCACCCCCGGGCGCCCCGAUCUCUGUCCUGUAGUACGGUUUUACCCGCCCCUUCUAAAGGGCAUGUUCUCCUUGAAGAAAACCCAGAUGAGUACAGCAGAGAGGGAGCGUCGUUCUGCAAGUCCCGGUCUGGGGAUGGGAUGACGGGAAGUAGCAGUAGAACGAUCCCGGGCCUGAGCACACCCUGUCACCGCUGUCGCUGCCGACACCUGCGUGGCCGUCCCUGGUGUGCCCCCCGAAGGCACGGCGUGUCCCCACAGGACCCUCGGAGCUGCAUUGUGUGGUGCGGAGGGAGCGGUUACUUGUCAGAAUAACAGAAUUCGGUCUGUGUGCACUGAUGUUUUGCGUUUGGUUAGCCUGAGUCCCUGUGCGCCAGGUCGCCCUCACGGGAGUGGGCAGAGCUCAUGCGGCCGCUGCAGGCGGAGGCUGGGAGGCCCGUGGCCAGUUGGCAAGGCAGCAUCUGGCCCUGUGGCCUCUGGGAAGAGCUCUGGCUGGGAGUGUGGUUCGCAUGUAGGCGCAUUUACCCAUCGUGACCAUGGGCGUCGGCCGGACAGCCGCCGGGCCAGCCACAGCACCUCAGCCGUGCGGGAGGGCAUGCGGCCUCCUUUCCAGGGCGAGCCCUGGGCCCUGCUGGUGAGCCGAGCGGCACGCUGGGGGAAGGGCACCUGCGAGGCCCCUUGGGAGCCAGUGCCGUCCUCACCUGGCAACCCUGGGCCUCCAGGGCCCCACUGCUUUUCCCUUGUGUUUGUGAUGAGUACAUGAGCCCCGGGGUUGCCCACUCUAGACGCAGAGAUGGUGCGAGGGGCCCUCCUCCCCGGGCGCCUGAGACGGCCCGGCGUGGGGUGCGGCCAGGAGAAGGGGGCGCUUGCUUCGCAGAGAGAAGCAUUUGGAGCACCAGGCUGCCGGGUGCUGAGCCUGGGGCCUUGGGGAACCCGAGACGGGCGUCUGGGAGUGGCUGUCCUUCAGUUUCAACACUAGGCCCGUGAGGGGACACAAAGGACAGGGACCUAGACCUUUCUGGGGACGUUUGAAGUGAAACAGCAGAGAAAUGCUUUCCCAUUGGUGCUUGUGACCUCAGCGGGUGCGGAACCUUCUGGAAUCCUGCUGGACCCAGUCAUCUGGCACCUCAGCAGCGCAGGCCUUAGGGUGUUUGGUGCGUGCCCGUGCGGUCCCUAGUGGCCACCGUCGGUAAUGCAGUUCGCCACAACUCGCUGUGGCGCCGGGGCCUUUCCUGGAAAUAACACUCCUUCGAGGCUCUCCUGGAUCCUGGUGACGUCCCCAUGGGGCGGCCGAGGAGGACCCGGGCCCCCUGCGCUGUGGUCUGCUGCCCCCUCCCGCGGGGCUCUGUGGCCAGCAGCUGUGCCCACUGUGUUUCCCUGGGCCGUCUGUCCUUCUGCCCGGAGCCUCCAGACCCUGAGCCUGCCUUGCCUGGGAAGAGUGACAUGCAGGCCGCCGUGCAUCGAACACCCCACGGGGCCUCGCUCUGCUUGUCUCCGCAGGGGAAGCCCCGUCCACGGCAGCCACCACGUGUGGCAGCCGGCUCCCCCGGUAGUCGCUGCCUCUUCCUGGAACACUGGCUCCUGGGAACCCUUGGGGCCUCUGCGCAGUCCACCGUCUGGCGCGUCCCGGCCCCUCUUCUCCGAGGCAAGGCAGCCUCGUGCACAAAGGGAUCAGCAGGCGGCAAAAAGGGGGCGGGUGUUUGCGGCUUUGUGGGGUCUCUGGGCCGUUGCUGGUUUGAGCUGUGGGUUUCUGUACAACUAGAAAUCCAAGCUCCCAGUUUUGUCUCACUGCUUGUUUUCAGCCGGAACCUCGCAGCUCGCAGGCGUAGCUCAUCCCAGUGGCUGCAGAGCAAGCCGACGGCGGACACGUGGGUUAGGGUGUACGUCGGCGAGCUGCCGCGGGACUUCCUCCGCAUCACGCCCACGGCCGCACAGCAGCAGGUGCAACUGGAUGCACAGGCAGCCCAGCAGCUACAGUACGGAGGGGCGGCGGGCACGGUGGGCCGCCUCAGCGUCACCGUGGUGCAGGUGCGCGCCGGGGCUCCCCAGGGCGGCUGUACCGCACCUGCCGUGGGGACAGGUGGCUUUUCUGCUUCGUUCUUCUGGAAGCGCAUCUGAUAAAGGAUGCGGAUGACUCCCCGGGCUAAUACCAGCAGUAGCAGGAUCACCAGGGAGGGGUGCGGAUGGGCGUGUGCCGCGUGCCAGCCGUGCUCCUGCCACUCAUGCCUUUCCCGCCCCCCACGGUGCUGGUGAGGUCGGGGCAUGGACCCCCAGGAGAGCCAAAGGCAUGGUCAGGGCCUAAAGUGGUUUUGGUGUCCGUGGCUUUCUGUGAAACCAGGGAGAAAGGGGAGUCACUGGGAGGCAGGCAGAGUCACAGCCAGGCCUCACAAAUACCGUGGGUCUUACGGGAACUGUGUCCCAGACACCUGGCCACACUCUCGGGGUGACGGGGUCACCGCAGAUCCUCAGGUGUUUCUGAAAGUCUGCCCCCUCGUGCACCUGCACGAGCAGCAGGUCUGCGCCCGGCUCGCUGUCCCCCCAGCCCUGUGUAGCUGCUGGGCGUCUCAGCAUGGCCCGUGGCUUCCCGCAUCCUCCGUGAUAAGCCUUUGUCCCAGGUCUGUGGGGCCCCACUGUGCUUCUGGGCCGCCCCACCGGCCGCUUUUCUGGUGGUUCCUGUCCAUGGAGCGCCCCGCCUCUCCCCUCCCUGUCCCCGCGCCCGGUCUCCACCCAGCUGCAGCUGGAAGCGUCCAUGGCACGGCCUACGGGGCCUCCACGGGUGCCCGGCAGGUGUGUCGUUGGACAGCUGCGCGCGGGAUGUGGGUGCUGUGCGGCUCAGCACAGGGUCGGUUGGUUUGGGCUCGUUGGGGUUUGAGCUGAUGUCCCCAUGACGGCCGACGGCACGGAGCCAGCGCGUUCCCCCGCAGGUCUUCGCCAGCAUCCCACUGGGCUGUGUUCUUGGCACUGAGGUUUGAGAGGCUCCUCUGUCCUGGGCAUGGCGCUCCAUCCCACGUGUGUCUGCUCGUGCCCCUCUCGGCAGACAGGUCCGGGCCUGAAGGGUCAGUGUCGGUGGGCAGCAGCCGCUGUGCUCCUCUCCCGGGCCGUGGUGUGCUGGAGUGGUGAGAUCCGCUCGGAAGGCUGUUUGCGGACAGAGACCCGGGCAGCCAAAGCCUUCGCUCUUCGUCAGUCCCCGCACUUUCUUCCUGCAAAGGCAGCCUGUCCGGCUGAGGGUCAGGCUCCUCAGGGCCCCUAGCCCAUGGCGGUGGACACAACAGAACAGGGAGCCUGGCAACAGCUGGCCCGUGGCCUGAAGUUGCGGCCCCGCUGCUCCAGGCUGGCUCUUGGCUCUGGCCCAGGACAGCCUGCCCGUCACCCUACCCUGCAGCCUCUUCUGAGGGGACGUUGGAGAAGGAGCUGCCCCGUGUGGCGCCAUGGCUCCCUUGACCUGAGCAGGGACCGGGCACCCAGAGCCCAGGAACGCAGUGGCGGCCAUAUCCUGGUCCCCAGGGAACGCCAGGGUUGGUGACUCGGAGCGGGUGGACAGCGUGGGUGAGCACGUGUCCUCCACUCCGACGCCGGCCGCCCCUUCAGUCACAUUGGUGUGUUUCAGGCCAAGCUGGCGAAGAAUUACGGCA